GAACGACAAGAAGUAGCCCAGCCAAUUUUGACCGUACCAGAUUCUGCAAGAAACCUCCGGCUUUCCACCAGAAAUGUCGUGGCCGGCAAGUCUCACAUAGCACGUUUUGCGUCUCCAGAUCUUCUUUGCGCGUGUCGCGCACGUGCGUCUGCGCAGCCGAGGGCCGAGCGUUGAGUAGCCUACUUAUCGAGAAACCCCAAUGGCAGACUUUCAGUACUGCGGAAUCUUCAGCCAUGUCUGGUUUUUUCAAGUCGAAGGUGAGCAGCGUGGGGCCCAAGCAGCCCGCCACGUACCACAAGGGUCAAACCACCAAGACAUUGGAAGAGAUCAUCGCCGGGGUGGCGCCGGAGUUAAGCCCUGGCUAUUCCUUCUACGUGAACCCGCUUCUCUCGAGCGGCCACUCUCAAACCGCCUACACGGCGUUGAACAAGUUCGAAAACAUCGACAAAGUCCAUUACAAACGCAUGGUAUAUCAGGUUGAAUCGGACAAGCGGUUUUACGAGGUGAAGGGCGAUAAGAUGCCGUACGACCGAUGGGAAGGACAGUCGACAAUCGCGGUAGACUAUGUGGUUGGCGACGAGGCCUGCGACGCGGGCCACGAGCAGUUUCGGCCGGCCAGCCAGAAGUACGAACUCCCGCCGCGCACCGAGUUCAUGAAUCCGGCGCACGAGCAAGCCCUUCUCGACAACGAGAAGCCUUUGGUGGUGGCCUUGCAUGGCCUUGCCGGGGGCUCGUUCGAGUCGUAUCUUCGAGCCUUCAUGGUGCGGGUGACCGGCGGGCACGGCUUCGAUGGCUUGGUCUUGAACGCAAGGGGAUGCGCCAACCACACCAUCACGUCGCCGCAGCUUUUCUGCGGCUUGUGGACCAACGAUUUGCGGUACCUCAUCAACGAGCACAUCCGCAGGAAGUGGCCGCAGAAAAAGAUCUUUUUGAUUGGCUUCUCUCUAGGGGGCGCGAUCAUUGCCAACUACUUGGGCCAGGAGGGCCCGGACGCCUACGAGAACUUGAAGGGCGCUGCGGUCAUGGGCUCGCCGUGGGACUUCCCGCAAGCCUCGGCGGCUUUGGUGGACAAUUUCUUGGGCAGCAAGAUCUACUCGCCCAAAAUGUGCCAGAACUUGCUCCGGCUCCUCGACCAGCACUACGACGACUCCUUGCACCUAGAGGACAUCAUUGCCAAGUACAAGCGAGAGCCCGAGGCGUUCCGGCUCCAGAACUUGCGGGACUUUGACGACGCGUUCACGUCGCAGUUGUUCGGCUUCAACUCGGCGCAGGAGUACUACCGGCACGCGUCGCCGGACCAGCGGCUUUUGAACGUGCGGGUGCCCACACUCAUAGUGAGCUCUGCGGACGACCCGAUCGUGGGGGGCAAGACCGUGCCUGUUUCGGAGGUGUCUCUCAACCCGUACACGCACAUGGUGGUGACGUCCGUCGGGGGGCAUUUGGGGUGGUUUGAUAUCCGGUUCAACCGGUGGUAUGCGGAGCCGUUGGCACGGGUCUUUGAGGAGUGGAGCACGUGGGACGUGGAGCGGAUUCCCGAGGAGGCUUUGCCCCGGGCGACGCACGGCAGCUGGAGGCACGACCGCAUAGUGCUGUGAAGGAUGCGGUGUGUGAAUGAGGUGUGCGAGGGUGGAGGGGAAUGUGGUUUUAGGGGAGUGUGGUUUUGGGCGAGUGUGGUUUAAGGUGAAUGUGAUUUAAGGUGAAUGUGGUUUAAGGUGAAUGUGAUUUAAGGUGAAUGUGAUUUAAGGUGAAUGUGAUUUAAGGUGAAUGUGAUUUAAGGCGAGUGUGAUUUAAGGUGAAUGUGGUUUAAGGUGAAUGUGGUUUAAGGUGAAUGUGAUUUAAGGUGAAUGUGGUUUAAGGUGAAUGUGGUUUAAGGUGAA